CGGAAUGUUUUUGCUGAUGUACGCGGCUGUAAGCUCCUGUCUCUUGAAGUUGGUUGAAGUAACGUAUUUCAAAUGAAUUAAAAACGUUAGGGAAACUAGGAUUUCCGUAGCUAAUUGGUGGUUAAAGUAGACAAACAACCGCUUAGUAACUGUCGAUGAAAGUCGCGCAUUGAACUUAUUUUUGGUAACAAUGGUUGACUGGAGUCCAGUAGCGAAGAUAUACGACCCGCUGAAAGCUGGCAGCAUCGACGGAACAGAUGUGGAGCCUCAUGACCGGGCAGUAUGGAGGGCUAUGGGUGCCCGCUACAAGCCCAGCAAGGGCGUCCGUGGAGACCCAUUGCUUACUUUAUUUGUAGCCCGCUUGAACCCACAGACAACCGAGGACAAACUGAUGCAAGUGUUCUCCAAAUACGGAGACAUCCAGCAGCUCCGGCUGGUCCGGGACAUCGUCACCGGCUUCUCCAAAGGAUACGCUUUCAUUGAGUACAAGGAGGAGCGGUCUGUUUUGCGGGCCCGCCGGGACGCCAACAAGCUGGUGGUGGACCAGCACGAAGUGUUUGUGGAUUUUGAACAGGAAAGGACCCUCAAGGGAUGGGUCCCCCGGCGGCUGGGGGGCGGGCUAGGAGGGAAGAAAGAGUCCGGACAGUUGCGGUUCGGCGGCAGGGACAGGCCUUUCCGUAAACCUAUUAACCUCGGAGUCGGUCCGAUGCAGGAACGAGGAGGCGGUGGAGGAAGGGAGUGGGACCGACCCGGUGCGAGAGACAGGCAGGACAGGGACCGACACAGAGACGCCGAGUGGGGGAGCAGGGGGAGAAGAGAUGACCGGGACAGAGGCAGAGAGAGGGAUGACCGCAGACAGGGUGACAGGAGCCGGAGAUGAAGAUCACAGAACUGGUGUUUCACAAUGUACUGAUCUGACCAGACUCAAAUUAAGACAGAUGUUUUGAUGACAGGCCAGGUUCAUGCCCCAAGUGGAGGCAUUUCAUACCAGCCAAAGACAAGUUGGAUGA